AGACUGAUAUUUGUUUACAUAUGAUAACUUAUGGUUCUUGUACAUUAUACUUUCAUUUUGACAAAUUGAAUUGUUUGUACACAGUUAAUGGCGUUGUGAUACUGAUAAAGAUAAACAAUAUCAAACGUUUUCCUACCUGAUAAUAUCUCAUAAGGACAAAGUUCACUAACAUGCAUUGUGAUCUUAUAAAAGCUCUCUUGUAGGUGAAACAUAUUAAUUUCCUAAUAAGAGGUAAGUCAAUUUGUAUUUUAAGAUGCUUUAUGUGCCGUUUAAUCAGUAUGUACGAAGAUAAGUAAACAUGUUAUGUUAACAAACAAAACAAAAAACAAAAACAGGACGAUUAUGCAUAAUAUUGAAAUUCGAACUGGUAUUGGUAGAAUUGAGAAUUGGUAUUCUGCAUUUGGAAAGAAAAGGUUACAAAGGUACUGACAAUCAACUUUCUAGUAAAUUGUUGUUUUGUCAACAAGAAGCAUAAUUGUUCUUUUCAAGAAGGUUUUAUUAACAUACUUUCAAUUUUCGAAUAUAGAAUGUCCACACUUCUUAAACUGUUCAAGAAUUAAAACAAUAAUAAGCUAAAAAAAUUUUGGUUUUCUUCUUCAUUUUUUAGAAAUCAAUAUAAUUUUAUCUAAAACUUAAUUUACAGUUGAGAGACAUUUGAAAAAAUAAGAUGGGUACAGGAAAGCUUCCAGUUCAAGUAUCGGAGUUUCCCUCGGCGUACAAAUGGGAUAUAAUAGUAGCAUUUGACAUAGGAACGAGCUACUCAGGGUAUGCUUACAGUGACAAAAAGGAAAUUGAAAGAAACACGAUCAAUCUCAAUGAAUGGUCAGGGAAUUCCACUCUAGACCCGAAGGCCAAGGCCCCUACAACUGUUCUGUUGAAUGAAGAUCAAACCUUCGACUCUUUCGGUUAUGAGGCAGAAGAACGUUAUGCUCAGAGGGUGGAGGAAAAAACUCACAAUAAAUGCUACAGAUUUCGAAACUUUAAAAUGAAACUAUAUCAUGAAAAGAAUAUUACAGAAGCAUUUGUAUUACAAGACGAUCGAGGAAAAAUAUCACUUCCUGCCAUGGUGAUAUUUGUACACACGAUAAAGGCGCUAAAGACUCAUUUUGAAAAUGCGGCCAAAAACCGAGGAGUGGUAUUCAAACUUGAAGAUGUACUUUAUGUGUUUACAGUUCCUGCAAUCUGGUCGGAAUCCGCCAAAGAGUUUAUGAGAAAGGCAGCAAUCAAGGCAGACAUUGCAGAGUACCAGAUUGUCCUUGCGUUAGAACCAGAGGCGGCAGCCCUUUAUUGUAAGAACCUGCCAGACCGAAUGCUGACAGAGUCGUUCGAACCAGGAACAAAGUACAUGGUCCUGGAUAUGGGAGGAGGUACUAUCGACAUAGUUGUUCAUAAGAUCAUGGAAGAUGGCACGUUGGCGGAAGUCUAUAAAGCCAGCGGUGGCGAUUGGGGUGGGACCGUUGUGGAUGCCCAAUUCAAAGAUUUUGUCAAUGAACUUUUCAAAAACAAAGAAUGUUUUGAAAAUUUGUGGGAGUUGGCUCCUUUAGAUGCUUUAGAGUUUGAGAGAGAAUUCGAGGCAAAGAAAAGACAAAUCAGCAGUAAUACGAAGGGGAACAUUAGGCUUCAACUACCUGCGCGGUUAAUGCAGUUUGCAAACACUGAGAUUCAAAAGGAACAUACGCAAACACUUACAUUAGCACACAUGCAUGUUCAAAAUGAACAUUUCAAGAGUUUUUUUACCACUCCAAAAGAUAAAAUUAUUGGUAUUCUCAAAAACAUUUUGGUUGAAAUCGGGACAAUCAAUUUCAUCAUCUUGGUCGGGGGAUUUUCAGGCUCUAGGUUUUUGACAGACGAGAUAAAAAGCAACCCUGCUUUCUCUUCUAUUAAAUUCAUCUCUCCCAAUGAACCUGGCACAGUGGUACUAAAUGGAGCCGUUUUGUUUGGAUACAAUCCUCGUGCAGUCUCUGCAAGAAUUUGUAGAUAUACAUACGGUUUUAGCGUUUUAAAGGAUUUUGAUAGCAAGAUACAUCCUCAAAGCAAACAUAUUAUCGUCGACGGGGAAGAGAAUUGCGAUGACGUUUUCAGCGUCUUGGUGUACAAAGAUGAGUUAAUAAAGUACGAAGAAGAGAGAACUCAUAUGACAUAUUCAAGUCAUCGUAACGAGGAUAGAAAAUUUGUUACGUUAAAGGAUGAACUCUUUCAAGCAAAGAACGUAGUAAGGGGUCAGUUGGCUUUUGUAACAGAUGAAGGUUUCAAAGCUAUUGGAAAAGUUGUUAGUACGCCUCCUGAAAAUGGUUGGCCGGACAGGGUAGAUCAUACAACAAAAAUAUACUUUGGACAGACUAGCAUCCGGAUAGAAUGUUGUGAUACGGCGAAUAAAGAAAAGAUAAAAGCAUCCUUUGAGUUAGAAUAUGACAGAGAUAAAACAUAAGACUAUCCAAUGUGGAAGACGUAUUUCCAAAUGUCACACAUCAUCUUUGAAUCGUUCUUGUCACUAAUUACAAAAUCCCGCAGUUUUGACAUUUCAGAUUGGUCAGUUACAAAGGUCUUAAUCCUUUUCUUCUCUGUACAACGUUUUAAUACUAAACCUUUACCCCCCCCCAAAAAAAAAAGAAAGA